AUGGGUUGUGAAUACUCACCUGAUGUAAUCUUUAUUGAAGUUGUUCCAUCUCCACCUCCUUAUCCUAAACACACUAUUGAUCCUAUUUUUAUUGCUCGUUUCCCACCUCCUAUUUCAUCUCAACCACCCCCUUCUACACCUUUACCACCACCACUUUUCACCGCAACAGCUACAACCACGUCUACCACUACCUCAGUCAGACCUUUUGUUAAUGUCAACACAUCUUAUGCAGCGGCAAAGACAUCAAGAUUCACCACAUCUACUACAUCUCUAGUUUCUCCUCAACAGCAUGGUUCCGAAGAUGUUCUUGGGGAAGAAGACUUUGAUUUCGAAACAUUUCAGUACAAUCCUUUCUCUAUUCAAGAUGAUAGUGACAAAGAUGCUCCUAUUACUCAGAAGGACUUGAAGGCCCUGAACAAGAAAAUGGAUUCUAUUCUUGCUUCUUCCACUAUUUCUUCCAGCAAAGCUUACUCUGAAGCCACUGUCAAGGGUAUGCUUGACACUCUUGUUAAGGAACAUGCUGCUAAUUUUGACAAAGCCAACAAAGCAGUUGAGAAUUCUACUCAAUCUUGUCUAUAA